AUGAAAGCAUCAAAGUUAUUAUUCUUUCUAAGUUCAUUUCUAAUUAUAAAUAUAUUAACUCCAUACUUAUUUAAUGCUAAUGUAUUUUUUGUUUCUGCCGAUGGAAAAAUACAAGAAAUUAACAAAGAUAUUGAAAAAAAAAAUAAAAAAAAAAAGAUUAUCUUAAUAUCAUCUAUAGCUGCAGGAUUAGUAAUGCUUGCAGCUUCUAUACUUGGAAUAGGAAAUUGUAUCAAAAGAAAAAACGAUAGAAUGAAAGGUUAUACUUACAGAAUAGAUACUUGGCCAGAUAAUGAUAUUAGGAGAGUAGGAACAGAAAUCUCACAAAAAGCAAGUAAACGUGGAUUGAAAGAAACGAUAGUAAAUUUUCACAAAGGAAAACAAGAAGGUCCUAGUGAUAAAACUUUAAAAUCAUAUGUUUUUGAUGAAAUAAAAAAAAGUGGAGUUGUUUUUAGUGAAAGACAAAUCUCUGAUAUGAUGUAUUAUGUUCUUUCAGACGUUGCAGUAAUGGAAAAACACUGGAGAAAUUUUCCAGAAUAUCUUCCUUCUUUACAUUUAAAAAAAGAUUUAAAAAAAUAG